AUGAAUAAUUAUGUUUUAUGCAGAUUUAGAAAGAAUAACAUUAAACCUCGUCAAAAGAGAAGGAAACAUGUGGCUCCUGAAACUGUGGCUACUGUAAUACCGAAUGCCAAUGAUUAUGCUAGGAUAGUAGAAUUUGUUAAACAAUCAGAGAAUGGAGAUGAAAGGAUGGAGAUUCAAAAUAAAUCAGCAAACCAGUCACGCAAUAAUGGAGAUAAAAAGAUUGAUGAGAUUCAGAGAAAACUAACAAAUCAAUUAGAGAAUAAUAAUGGAGAUGAAAAGAUUGAUGAGUUUCAGAGAGAACUAACAAAUCAAUUAGAGAAUAAUAAGGAUGAAAUAAAGGUUGAUGCUUUGGUUACUACUAUUGGAAUUGAGGCAAACUGUGACGAAAUGGAAGAUGGUGAUGAUGAUGAAGAUCACAAUGAUAUGACAUGGCCAGAGUUUUUUGCAAUGCAAUUGAUAGAAGUUAACAAAGACUGGUUCAUCCCAAACGAUGAUGUCCCCCUAAUUCCAAAUAAAUUUCACAAUGACACGUUAAAGAGGUUUAAAAAAGUUUUGUGA